AUGGAAGAUUUUCGGCACUCUUCCCACCAUACGACGACUGGUGGAAGUGGCGGCCAGAACUUCGAAAUCAUUGAUGCCAACAUGUUCAAAUAUGUAAACAAAGUUUACUUCGGUCGAACUCACCCAUCCUAUGGUCCUUCUCUGUUCGAUCAAAACCCGAUCGACAAAAAGAAAAAGACGCGGUCGUCGUCAUCGUCGUCGAUUAGGUCGUGGUUCAAUGAACCGAAGAUGAAAAGAAAGAUGAGACUUACCAAGUAUAAGAUGUAUGCCCUUGAAGGGAAGAUCAAGGAUUCAUUGAAGAAAGGGAAAAAAUGGAUCAAGAAGAAAUAUUGUAAACUUGUGCAUGGUUUUUAA